AUGAGCAACUCCGACCCACACCCGCUUUGGAAGGUCGUGGACCAGCACUUUGAUGUCACAGGUACCGAGCCGGAAUUCACUCCCAUGUUUGGCAGGCUGUAUCUCAUCGCCUCCGCCAUUGGAGCCUACUUUGAAACUCUGGACUCUGGCGCAUUCACAGGGCUGGGAUCGCUACCACCCGGCAUGCCAGCCGUUCCACCUCCACACGUCAGCCAUUCGGGGCCGAGGAUACUGGGCGAGGCCGAAUUGUCCGGAUCUAAUCCUAAAUGCCCUUUGGGGGUUGAUGCGAACCCCUGCACUUGGCUACCAAAGGAGCAAGGGCUUCCAUUCUUUCUGUGGGAUAGGCAUACUCAACGCACCGUCGAAGUCCCAUCUCUCCCACCACGGCCUGCUUAUACCGCCAUCAGUCACACCUGGGGACGCUGGGAGAAGGUGGAGGCGGGGCAAAGAAGGAAGACGGCGGUCCCUGGUGUCGAUGGAUGGGAAGUGCCCGAGAAUACCAUCUUCGAUGUCAGAUCACUUCCUGCCUUGCUCGCUAAGGUUCCCACCUCUACCCGAUUUAUCUGGUUUGACCUCGUAUGCAUUCCCCAGGGUCGCUCGCCCCGAGCCCAGGACGAAAUCGCGCGUCAGGCCGAGAUCUUCAGAAACGCAGCGCAUUCGAUUAUUUGGCUCAGCAAGCUUUGGUCAUGGGAGGGGGUACGCUCAGCAGUAGCCUGGAUGGCUCUGGUGUUUUUAAACGUCCACCCAGAUCCACGGUGUGAGGCCCGUGAAUACGCUUGCGGCCCAUCCGUGCGAAGAAGCUGUACUGGGCUGUUCGAGCCCUACGACUUUAGCCCUUGCAUUCGGCGGCACGAGAUGACUGUAUGUGAAUGGUUUGACUCGCUCUGGACUCUGCAAGAUGUCUGUCUGCGGCCGGACAUGUGGCUCUGCAACCAGGAUUGGGAGCUGUUGACCGUCGGAGUUCAGCGCGUGCCUGUGGCCAUCAACGCCCUCAUCGCCCUAACAAAUGAAUGCGCACAAUAUCACCACCGUCAUAUGGCCACGUUUAAGAUUGACGACUUCCCAGGCCAUUCCUUCAAACCUUCCUUCGACCCCACGACCAACGAGACACCGGCUGACGGCAUGUUCGGCGGCCUUCUCAGCUAUGGGGUUUUCCACCCAGGUUUCCUGGAACUAUUUGAACUUUUUGAACGAUCCGGGCUUGAGCAGUUGUGGUUCAUACAACCAAAAAACAUCUUGGAUCUCGACUCCUGGCGAUUUUGCAAGUCUCGGCGAGCCGAGGCUAUCAUGUCAGUGCUUGGAAUCAAGAAUUGGUACCAAGCACUUAAGAACGCCCCGGAACCUGCGGAAGGCAACCUCGUACUUGGCCAGUACCCCAUUGAAUUCAUUCAGGAGGUAGCCACAUCAUUGGGUGCGGCCUUUACGAUACUUUACGUUGCACCGACGUCAUCUUGCACGAUUGUCCAACAUCAGCGCAACGGGAAUCUUUAA